GACGGGUACGUGGCGAUUUUACUUCCGUGGCAACCCGGGGAGGCUGAAGAGAGGAGAAAGGGAAGGUGUUCUUGAGCAGAGGAGAAGAAAAGAUAUUGAAAUUUGUACCGCUCUCAAAGAAAGAAGACAUGUUUUCAGCAUUCAAAUAUUGUGCAAUAGACUAUUUAGAUGAGAAUAUAGUUAGAAAGAAGUUUUGCAGAGACGCUUUAUUGCUUCGAGUCCCUUCAUGUUUAUAUCCAGAUGGAAAUUAUCAUGCAGGAGUUAUUGAUAAUAAGUUUAGGAGGCCAUGGAUGAGAGUUUCAGCUGUUUCAGUGUGGGGAAUGACAGAUGAUAUUUCAGUCUUGGAUCAGUGGAAAGCAAGUCUCUUUGUGGAGGAGUUCCUAGAGAAAAAAACAAUUACAGGAAUGGUGACUCAGAUUGACUGUGGGUUUGAGGAAGUUGUUCCAAGUUCAAACCCAAACUCCCAAACUGAAAUAGAAGAAGCCAGUUUAUAUACCCAGAAAGACUACACUGAAGUCUUUACACUUGUCAGCGGUUUAGAAAAAUGUCCAGCACUUCAAACACAGGACGAAGAUUUGUCUAUUGAUGAAGAAAUAAUUUUUUUAAAUAACUUGAUGGCCUAUAAAAGUCAGCUACCAACUUUGCAGACUUUGUUGAGUAGGCUAAAACUAUUUUUGGUAAAGGACCCCAUUUUAGAUUUCAAAGGACAGAUCUUCACAGAAGCUAAUUUCUUCAGAGAAUGUAUCUCUUUUCAAGAAGAUUUGAAAGGUCUAGUGGAAGAAGAUUUUUACAUGGAUAAAGAGACCUUUAAUCAGGAAAAGCUAGAAGAUACACCAUCAUUUUUGCCUGAGUGUGAAUUCUUAAUACCUACAAGCCUCAAACAAGAAGUUGAUAUUCCAUCACUCUCCGAACUGAAGGAAUCCUUAAACUUAAUGCCAGAAAUAAUAAAUUAUGCAGAUGAAAAUGAAAAGCUUUUCAGAAUAGAUCUUACUACCGAGCAUGGAUUUGACAUUGAGGAUAUAAAAUGCAGCUUCACAGAGAUUUUGGCCAUUCAAAGCUAUUGUGAACCAGAGUACAGUGAACCAGGAGAGUUAGAAAUGCCAUUAACUCAUCUACAUCUAACAAACCAACAUUCUUCCAUGACUUCAUUAUGUACAGGACUUCAGACAUUUCCAUUGUCUCCUAUUUGUAAAAUUAGUUUGCUUACUGCUGAAGAAUCAGCUAGCAAAAACUGGAUGGUAUGGCAGUUAGAAAGCUGCAGAAGCUCACUGAAACCAUUUUUGCCUACAGCAUGGCUAGAACAGAAAAGUUUUUCCUCACCUAUUGUACUUAUUAAUGAGACAUCUACAAAUGAUCAUUUAUUACUUCCACAAAAGAUUUCAUCUCCGGCAGAAGAAGUACCAGACCUGUGUUUUUCUGAUGACAAUUUUUCUGUUAAACAACCAAAAGAAGAAAAACCAAAGAAUGAUCUAGAACUAGUUUAUAGAAUAAGCCAAAAUAAAGAAAAUGAAGAUUACUUGGAACUUGACUGCACAGUACCAUCUAUUGAAUCAUCUUCCUCUCCAAAAAUUGAAAAAGCAUCUUUUAAACAUGGUAAAAAAUGGGAGAAUGAUUUGGACCUUUUGAGUGACUUCAUUAUGCUGCGAAAUAAAUAUAAAACUUGCACCUCAAAGACUGAAGUCACAGGCAGUAAAGAAAAUGAUGAAUUUCAAGAUAAAGAAGAACAUUCUUUAACUCUUCAGGAAGAAAGUCCUCCUGUUUGUACUAAUAAAGCCAUAGAGAAAAUAAAUCAGGAAAGGAGAGUGGUUAAUGUCAUUGAAAUUCAAGCAUCAGAUAGCCAGUGCCAAGCAUUCUGUCUCCUAGAAGCAGCAGCUACUCCUAUCUUAAAAAAACUUGUAUGCCUCUGUACUCUCCCUGCUGCUAAUUGGACAUUUGCCACUGUCAUUUUUGACCAAACAAGGUUCCUCUUAAAGGAACAAGAAAAAGUAAUAAGUGAUGCUAUUCAGCAAGGUACAAUUGAUGAAAAAGAAAUAACGUUCAAGCAUGCUGCUCUCUUACAUCUUCUGGUAACAAUUAGAGAUGUCCUUUUAACAUGUAGCUUGGACACAGCAUUGGGAUAUUUGUCAAAUGCAAAAGAUAUCUACAAAAGCAUUUUAGGCUCCUAUUUGGAUGACAUUUGGAGACAGCUGGAGAUUGUACAGUUUAUUAGGGAAAAAAAGCCUGAAACCAACUACAAGAUACAAGAACUGCAAUGUCAGAUACUAAGUUGGAUGCAAAGUGAGCAACAGAUUAAGGUGCUGAUUAUAAUAAGAAUGGACUCAGAUGGUGAAAAACAUUUACUCAUUAAAAUCCUUAACAAAAUGGAAGGUUUAACAUUGACUGUCUUACAUUCAAACAAAAGGAAAGAUUUUGUGGAAUCUGAAGGUGUUUUAAAUGGUACAAGUUCCUGUGUAGUUGUACAUAAUCAAUAUAUUGGAGCAGAUUUCCCCUGGAGUAACUUCUCAUUUGUGGUGGAAUACAAUUUUGUAGAAAACUCUUGUUGGACUAAACACUGCGAGAAAUUGAAUAUUCCUCACAAGGUCUUCAAAGUGAUUCUUCCAGAUACAGUUUUAAAGAGAAGCACAUUGCUGGAUAGUUUUGGUGGAUUUCUUUUGGAAAUUCAGGUUCCAUAUGUGUUUUUUGCAUCUGAAGGACUUCUUAAUACUCCAGAAAUACUUCAGUUGCUAGAAUCCAAAUACAAUAUCACACUAGUGGAGAGAUGCUGCAGUGAGUCAUUGAAACUCUUUGGACGUACAGAGUGUUAUGUGGUGGUGACAGUUGAUGAACACACUGCCAUAAUUUUGCAGGACCUAGAAGAAUUGAAUUGUGAGAAGGCAUCAGACAAUAUCAUUAUGAGACUGAUGGCAUUAUCAUUCCAGUACAGCUAUUGUUGGAUAAUCUUAUAUACAAAAAAAACAUUAAACUCAGAGUACCAUCUUACAGAAAAAACACUUCAUCAUCUAGCACUGAUUUAUGCAGCUUUGUUAUCUUUUGGGCUAAAAUCAGAAGAACUGGAUGUAAAGCUUGUAAUUGCCCCAGGAGUGGAAGAGGCUGCACUGAUAAUUCGGCAAAUUGCUGAUCACAAUUUAAUGACUUCAAAGAGAGAACCUCAUGAAUGGUUGGAUAAAUCCUGGCUUGAAGUUUCACCAUCUAAGGAAGAAAUGUACUUACUUGACUUUCCAUGUAUUAACCCAUUGGUGGCUCAGCUCAUGUUAAACAAAGGACCUUCACUGCACUGGAUAUUAUUAGCAACUCUGUGUCAACUUCAGGAGCUUUUACCUGAAGUUCCAGAAAAAGUGUUAAAGCAUUUUUGUAGCAUCACUUCCUUAUUCAAGAUUAGUUCUUCUUCCAUAACAAAUUCACCUCCAAGUCCAUCACCUCAGGAAAAUGGGAAUCAGACUAGUACCUUUACCUUCCAGAGUUCAGCUUCUGGCUCUUCAAACUCUGUCUUUCAAGAACAUAAUGAAUAUUACCACUAUUCAGAUAUAGGAGAGACAAUGCACAGAGAUACAAACAGCACUUCAAACUAUAACUCUUCCCUUAUGGAACUAAGAGAAAUGCCAUGCAUUUUACCACCUGUGACUUCUUACAAUCAGGCCAGCUACUGGAAGGACUCCAGUUGUAACCCUAACACAGUGCACAAUCCUUUCCUGAUUAAUACAGAAUCAAGAAAUGUGGCUGGUAACUGCUUUCGAAACCAAAAUGAUUCAGAGUCAGAUGUCUUUUAUUUGGAUCUAACACAAAUGAACUGCGAAAACAUAGUGUCACCAAUUGACACUCAGAAGAGAGUUGCCCCUAAUUUUAUAAAUUACCAGAAAAAGGGAACACAUGAUGCAAAAGGACCUAUAAAUAAAGAAUUGUCUGCCCCUGGCUUUUCACUAGAAGGAUCCCAAUCUCCUCUUCCCUGGAACUUUAAGAAAAAUGUAUGGGAACAACAGAAUCACUCAUUCAACUUAGAAUGUGGUGCAGAGCAGACUACAUGUGACAAAUGGUACUCUCAGAAAGAUAAUUUAUUCACUAAUCAGCAAAAAUAUCUAUCAGAUGAGUUAGAAGGCUUCCUAUGUGAAAGUUCAAAUGCUGGGACUAAAAAGACUUCCUGGAAAGAAUUACCAUCUGUACCCAGUUUGGAUUUAUUUUGUGCUUCUGAUCCUAAUGUAAAUCAAAAAGAAUUCAGCAGUCUUUAUUUCCACCAAAGAGCUGGAAAAUGUUUAGGACAGAAAAGGCACGCUGAAUCCUCAUCUAACUCAGGAGACAAGAAAUCAUUACCAGAUUUCAUGUGCUCACAACUACCACAAUUCAAAAAACGGCGUCUAGUGUAUGAAAAAGUCCCUGGUAGAGUUGAUGGACAAACUCGUCUGAGGUUUUUUUGAAAGAAAGGAUAGUGUUCUGUGCCACAUUCCUUUGUUUUUGAUGAAAAUCUAGUAACAAAAUGAUUUAGAUUUGCUCAUUCAUUAAAGAAAAUACAUUGUUAGAUGUUCUUGGUGCUUCCGUAUUAAAUUUUCAAAAUCUAUAUUCUGCCCUAUUGUUUGCAUCUUUGUAUGUAAAAUAUUCUAAUUGGCAUAAUUGUCAUAAGAUCCAAAUAUCUUCCAGAUUCACCUGAACAUUGCAAGCCUUUUUUUUUUAAAGCAGUAGAUACAAUAUAUACAUUUAGAGCGAUAGCAGUAUAUGCAGUAUGGUGUGUGUGGAUAUAUAUAAAUAUAAAUAUAUACAUGUUAUUUAGUUGUCUUCUGAAGGGCUUACUGCUUCCCACCUUUCCUCCAGCAAGCCUUUUAAAAUGAGCCUCCAUCUCAGUCUGACCUUUUAAGUCAAGAAGUGAAGAUCACCAGAGUCAACCCUCCAUCACCAAGAAAGUUAAAAUCUAGGCAAAGUUCAAGUUAGAGAACUUCUCAUUUAUUUUUCUUAAAGAUUUUAUU